CACCGCAACUCAACGGCUCACUGUCACUCUGUUGUUGUUGUUUUCUGCAAAGCUGUGUUAGCGGCUCAAUGGGAGUGUUUUCUCUGAAGUGAACAUGGACGGGGGGCCGGAGUCAGACGCCGGGCUGGAGGCGCUCAGGAGCAGCCUGUGUGACGAGUUCUCGGCCGUCAGCGGCGCGGAGCGCGGGGUAUCGCAGCACUACCUGUCGCGCAACGACUGGCACAUGGAGAGAGCCUUGAACUCGUUUUUCGACGAAGAUAUGAAGGCCGCUUUCGACGAAGCUCAAAGUUCACCGGAGAGGCCGGUCAGUCCUACAGCUGAAAGCAAAGGCCUUCAGUCCGUCGAAUGCAUAGACUUGACAGGGGAUGAUGCGGUUUGUUCAAGCACGACUGCUGAUGUGGUGGACAGUGCUGCGCAGCGCGACUCGACAGCGCAAGAGGAUUGCAAGCUGUCCCUCAUCACCUGGAAUGUAGACGGCCUGGAUACGGACAACCUGGCAGAGCGUGCCAGAGGCCUCUGCUCAUACUUAGUCCUGUACACACCGGACGUUGUGUUUUUGCAGGAACUCAUUCCACCCUACGUUAAAUAUUUGAAGAAACGUGCUGUUAGCUAUAUUAUCAUUGAAGGAAAUGAAGAUGGUUACUUCACUGGCAUAAUGCUGAAGAAGUCUCGAGUCAAACUUCUGAAAAGUGAGAUUGUCCCUUUUCCAACAACGCAGAUGCUGAGGAAUCUACUAGUAGCGGAGGUGAAGUUCUUGGACUGGGAUGUUUGCCUGAUGACCUCCCACUUGGAGAGCUGUAAAGAGCAGGCCCAGGAGCGAAUGAAUCAGCUGAGUGAGGUGUUCAAGAGGAUGAAGGAGGCCCCUGAUAAUGUCACUAUUCUGUUUGGGGGAGACACCAACCUGAGGGACCCUGAGGUUUCCAAGGUGGGGGGUCUGCCAGAUGGAGCAUGUGAUGUGUGGGAGCACCUGGGCAAGCAGGAGCACUGCCGCUACACCUGGGACACCAAGGCAAACAGCAACAAGUGUGUGCCGUACGUGAGCAGGUGUCGCUUCGACCGUGUUUACCUGCGCCCGGCCAGGCAAGGACCUCGGGUGGUCGCGGAGCACAUGACCCUGAUCGGAAUGGAGAAGCUAGACUGCGGCAGAUAUACCAGUGACCACUGGGGCAUCUACUGCACGUUCACCACAGGCUCCUGAGGUUCCCAGAUGGGCUCCCCCUUCUGGGCUCGUGCCAUGCAACACUUUGGUUAGAUGAGUGUCUUCUCAAGAGUACAGUAAAUUAUUAUACUAAUUUAGUCUAAUAAUUGAUUACUACAUAACUAGGAACUGUGGGCUGGAAAUGGAAUCCAGCUCCUCUGGGUCAUUCUGCAGGUGACAUGUGGAUUCCAAACGCAGGGAUUCAUUCAGUUCAGCUUCUGACUGUUUCUGGCUAAUAAUUUCCUAUCCCUCCUGUGUGCAAGACCGCUGUACAUGUUUUUAGUUGAGCCCGAGGAGGCCUUUUAGCACGUUCACUGCUGUGUUAAAGUAAGUAUCGGAUAUGUGGAAAUGUUUUCGUUACAAGUAUGCUUGGUUUAUACUUGUUUUAAUUAGCUUUCCCAGACUUUGAUGGAAAUUAAAGUAUAGUAAAAUUAGCUGGAAAUACAUUUCAUUUAUUACUAUAUUAACAUCUACAAUUGUAAUUUUUACUGUACUGCAUUUUGUGCAUGUUGUGUUGGUCUGUUCUUGGAAGGGACAGACCACAUGUCUAU